CGCGCACAGAGGCACAGGUCACUCAGAGCGCGCUCCCACACUCACCACAGAACCACCGAAGUUUGGACCUGGCACAGACCGACCUACAGCCUCCAAACAGCGGACCAACGGCGUGCACCCAGCGGCCUGCGGACACUCUCGCCCCGGGGAAGCGGCUGUACAAUCCUCGGCAGUGUUUCUGAGACUGUACGGCCCCCGACCCCUCGUCUGUCAGUUGACUGUUCGGAUGACACGCAGUGAAUAACGGUCACGUCGAAGCUUCGUUAAAAAAAAAAAUACAAAAACAAAAAAAAAACUUUGCUCGUUCUUUAAACUCUUUUGGACUUACUUUAGCCCGUCGGGAAUAACUUUAAAGUCGAGCGGAGGAGCCAACAUGACGGCGGACAAGGAGAAGAAGAGGAGCAGCUCGGAGCGGCGUAAGGAGAAGUCUCGAGAUGCAGCGCGCUGCAGACGGAGCAAAGAGACAGAGGUGUUCUACGAGCUGGCCCAUCAACUGCCCCUCCCCCACACAGUCUCCGCCCACCUGGACAAGGCCUCCAUCAUGAGACUGGCCAUCAGCUUCCUGCGCACACGCAAGCUGCUGGCCUCCGCCGCCAGCACACAUACAGGCCACAGCAGCACAGACGAUGGACAGAUGGACAGCCUGUACCUCAAGUCUCUGGAGGGCUUCAUCACCGUGGUAACGUCCGACGGAGACAUGAUCUUCCUCUCCGAGAACAUCAACAAGUUCAUGGGCCUCACACAGGUGGAGCUGACAGGUCACAGUAUUUUUGACUUCACUCAUCCUUGUGACCAUGAGGAAAUCCGAGAGAACCUGAGUCUCAAGACAGCUGGCGGUGGAUUCUCCAAAAAUGGCAAGGAGUUGACCACAGAGAGAGACUUCUUCAUGAGGAUGAAGUGCACAGUGACCAACAGGGGGCGCACUGUGAACCUCAAGUCAGCCAGCUGGAAGGUGCUGCACUGCACGGGACAGCUGAAGAUGUACAACAGUGCCCCCUCUCGUGCGCUGUGUGCUUUCAAAGAGCCCCCCCUGACCUGUGCUGUCCUCAUGUGUGAGCCCAUCGCCCACCCCUCCCACAUGGACACACCCCUCGACAGCAAGACCUUCAUGAGCCGACACAGCAUGGAUAUGAAGUACACCUACUGCGACGACAGGAUAACAGAGCUGAUGGGGUACACACCAGAGGAUCUGAUUGGCCGAUCAGUCUACGACUUUUACCACGCCCUGGACGCAGACAGUGUCACCAAGAGCCAUCACAACUUGUGUACCAAGGGCCAGGCGGUGACUGGGCAGUACCGCAUGCUGGCCAAGAGGGGGGGCUACAUCUGGAUGGAGACCCAGGGCACAGUCAUCUACAACAGCCGCAACUCGCAGCCACAGUGCAUCGUGUGCGUCAACUACGUACUCAGUGAUGUGGAGGAGCCAUCCAUGAUCUUCUCCCUGGAGCAGACCGAAGCCCUGUUCAAACCACAUAACAUGAGCAACUUCUUCUCAUCUGGAGGAGUGGGCGCCGCCGGACUCUUCACCAAACUCAAAGAAGAACCAGAGGACCUGGCUCAGCUGGCUCCCACUCCUGGAGACACCAUCAUCAGCCUGGACUUUGGCUGUCCCUACUCAGAUGAGCCGCAGCAGUCCGAGGGCCGAUCGCCCCAGAGCCAGCCUCCUGCUCCCACUGCCCCUGCUCCGUCUGCCCCCUCUGCCCCUGCUCCUGCAGACAUGACCCCCUUCACCAUCCAGCAGCACCCCUCCCCAGGCAGCACCACCCCCAGCCUCAGCAGCUGCUCCACGCCCAGCAGUCCUGGAGACUAUUACAGCUCAGUGGAGAAUGAGCUGAAGGUGGAGUUGACGGAGAAGCUGUUUGCCCUGGACACAGAUGGGGCUGAGAGCAAGAGCCAGAGAGACCUGAGUGACCUGGACCUGGAGACCCUGGCCCCCUACAUCCCCAUGGAUGGAGAGGACUUCCAGCUGAUGCCCAUCCUGCCUGAGCCAGAGGGGUGCAGCGGCCCACCCCUACCCCCCCUCCGCCAGCCCAGCUUCAGCAACAUUGCCAGCCUCUUCCAGCCCCUGACCCCCAGCACCGCACCCCAGAGCCACUACAGACCCCCGCCAGGCCCCUCUGCAUCCUGGGCCAUGGGGGAGAAGAGAGGACCCCCCCAGGAGACCAUGGAGUCCCGAGCCAGGGCCUACAUGCUGGGACACGUGCCAUCCUCACAGUACCAGACGCCCCCCUGCACCCCACUGUCUUCUUUGGGGGGCAGGCAGAAUCUGCAGUGGCCCCCCGACCCUCUGUUGACGUACCAGCACCAGGUCUCACCACAUGGGGGCAGCAAAGGCUUUGGGCUGGACACAGAAGAGGAGCAGUCAGCUUUUCUGCAGCACAGACCACAACACACGCUCAAAGGGUCCAGUGAGAGUUUCGGGCGAGUCUACAGAGACAUGAGUCCAGUCAGAAUGCCCAUGGCCCACAGCAGCAAGCGCUCCUACACACAGAUGGAUGUGGGACAGUGUAAAGCCACAGAGGGCAUAUGGAAGAGGAUGAGAGGAGAACUGAGUGGAGCUCUAGACCGCUCCCUGAGUGCCAGCUCUCUCAUAGACCCAGAACAGGGCAGGAGGGCCCCAGAAGCCCGGCCCCACAGCAGAGGCUCCAUACAGCAGCACCGGAAGUCCCAGUUCCCCGGGAAUACAGCCAGUGUGCUCAAGAGCCAAUACCACUACAGCAUGCCUUCCAGUAACAAGGCAGAAGGUAUCGCCACACGUCUGCUGGGCCCCUCCUUUGACUCCGCCUACCUGCCCGAGCUGACCCGCUAUGACUGUGAGGUCAACGUGCCCCUCCAGGGGAACCUGCACCUGCUGCAGGGCUGUGACCUGCUCAGAGCGCUGGACCAGGCCACCACCUAGAGCUCCAGGCCCCUCCUCCCUGAGCCCUCUGCCCUGGGACCACCUAGAGCCACACCCAGCCCCUUCCAUCCUUUAAACCUCUGCCACUACACCACCCAAGGCCAGCUCAAGUCCCACCCACCCACCUUCACACUUCCUCCUCUGCCCUGGGACCACAUAGAGCCCCACUCCGCCUCCUCCACCCUGGGCACCACAAGAGCCCCAGCCCCUCCGCCUUACUGGACAAAACACAUAAGGAGGUCCAGGGCAUGAACCCACCGGGAACUACCACUGCUUCGACACUGCUCCAGGAUCACAUGCUAGACUUAGGUUUGGACUUUGGACUAGCACAUUAGAACUGACCGAGCUGAUCUACAGCUGCACAACACAGCUGAAAGUCCACUGCAAAAAGGGAUACACACUUUCAGUGAAAUGACCUCAGAAUAUUGAUUCCAAUAGUUUGGCGAAUUUAGAUUUAUGUUGUUUAAAACCCUUUAUAAUUUCACACAUUUCUAUGUAUUUCUCUUAAAUUCGUAAAGCUGGAAAAAAAGUAUAUUGUAAGUAAAGUAAGUGUAUUUCCCUCAUUCGUCCAGGAGUGAUCCAAGGUAGAAAGGGUUUCAAAAGUAGUCAUCUGGACACUGUUUUGGAAAUAUAGUUUUUUUGAUUCCUCGAUUCCAAAAGUCAUUUGACAAUUUGAAAGAACAGGUCUGAGAAACAAAAUAUGUACUGCCCUGAGCAAGAUUAGCCCCACCCUUAGGGAGGAGUUUUUUUCCCUGUUAUCCCUCUGUUCUCUGACGGAUUCCCCUGACUGCUGAGUGAUUAGCAUUUAACGGGCAUAAUUUCUCACUUGACCAAGACUUGAGUAGUGUUAACAGGAGGUGGGUUAUACCUUAACCCACCAUUUCUAUUCAAAGAGGGAUCCUUUUUUAUAAGAAAAAUGUCUCCUCCACCUCUCUUUCAAACCAUGCCUUCUACAUGUUUAAAUUAUACAUCUGACCUGAACACUCAUUUGAAAACAGUCAAGUGUAAAUAUACUGUAAAUUCAAGCUUCUCAGGCCAGUUCUUUCAGACUGAAAAUGACUUCUGAACAGCAGCUCAAACUUCUCAAUUUCAAAAAACGUGCCCAAACCCUCAUUCAUCCAGCAGUGGUUCAAUGUGGAGAAGGUUUCAGCGGGGGUUAUCUAGACCCGGGGUGUUUAGACUUUUUUCACUGAGGGCCAAAUACAGAAAAAUGAGCCAAGGGCCGGGCCUCACACUAGAGGUGACAUAUUGACUACAAUAUAGUGUGUAAUUGUAACUCACCUCCAUGAAGAACUCAGUGGGAGCAGUGAUGCUGUCCUUUGGAUCGAAUAGUGGUUGAUAUGUCAGGAGAAAAUUUGGUGAUUGAGACAUGGAGGACUUCACAGAGAUGGCUAUCAGUUAUUCUGGUUCUCAGUCUGUUUUUGUUCUGAUUUAACAGAGAAAAUGUUUGUUUGCAUAUGUAUGUUGAGCCAAACAGGCUCAUCAUUCUUUUUGCAUGGUGUCUCAUGAGAGGAAACUUAACAUUAUCCAAACUCUGAUAGAAGUCAGGGAGGGAAAGAAACUGAUCCACCAGGAAGGGGGUCGAGAAGAGCUUGGAAAUGCUGGGUGAAUUCUAUCAUAAGAGAUGCAAUCACAGACAGAUAUUUCUCAUUAUUAGCAGUAAGGGCCACGUUUAGAAAAGCAGAUCUGAUUUCAGUCAGUGCAGGGAAGUGUGCAGCUUUAAAGCUCUGUAGUUGCGUCUCAAACAGGCGGAGCUUUACACAGAAGGCUUUCAUGUGUGCGUAAAGGUGUGGAACCGGCUGAUCUUUGAAUUGUAGGUUCUUGUUUAGUGUAUUCAAAUGAUGAUUAAGACUAAAAAUGCGACAUUUGCCAGCCACAGAGAGUUCACGAAGAGGACGGCCCUUCUCUUUCAAAAACUGAUAGAUUUCUGAUCUCAGCAUGUAAAACCGCUGGAGCACAGAGCCGCGGCUGAGCCAGCGUAUAUCCCCGUAUUCAGAAUCCACAUCGGCUAGAAAAGCUUGAAAUUCUCUGUGGUGUAGUCCUCUAGCUCAAAUUAUGUUGACAGUUUUUACAACACUGUCCAUCACAUCACCCAGUUGGACCGUCUUGGCAAAGUGCUUCUUGGUGGUUUAUGCAGUACAUUUUAACAGCUUCACCGCUGCUUUUUUUUACCUUAUCACACAACAUGGAUGACUGCCAUUUGCUUGACUUACUGUGUUCACUCAUCGCCGGUGUAUGAUGUGUAGCUCAGAUGUUUGGUCUCAUAGUGCCGUUAGACAUUAUACUCUUUCAUCACAGCAACAAAUUCUUUACAAAUCAAACAGACACACUUUCCAUUUAUUUCCUUGAAGAAAUUAUCAUUUUCCCACCGUUUUUGAAAUCUCCUGCACUCAUUUGCUAUUUUGUGUUUCUUUGGCACUGCCCUUUCUGCUAAUGUUGUCAAAGUUGUUUUUUUUGUUUUGUUUUGGGGGGUUUUUGGGGUGGAGACAGAGAAGCACCUGUUUCUGUGGGUGGCUCCAUCUAGUGUUGGAACUGAGAAGUGAAGCUCAGAGGAGCUGAAGCUUGUGCAAACCAUAUGCAGGCCAUAUUAUACUUUCAAAACUUGCUGUGGGCCAAUAAAAGGGCCAUAGUGGGCCAUAGUUUGGACACCCCUGAUCUAGACACUGUUUUUGCAAUCAAGACGUUUCAGCUCCCAUCCAGUAGUUUCAAUGUGAUGGAAUUUAUCCUACUCUGAGUUCAAGAAGUCCAGCCCCUCAAGACAGUUCCAUCAGAUGUAAAAUGUAUUCUAGAUGUCCAGAUGACUACUGCUGACACCUUCUCUACAUUAGGUCAACAAGUAAAAACAAAACUAAAUGAGGACAAAACAAGAUUAAUAUUCUGAAUUCUGAGUCAUUUUAACUCAUGUAGAUAUCCCUUUGUGUCCAGUGCAGUUCGAGCUAAGCAUUUACUGCAGUUUGUAUAUAACACCUGCCUUAAAUACAGCCACACACACACGCACACACACAGACGCACACAUGCUAGGUCAACUUUCCACUUCAGGGAAUCAUAUACAAGAGUAUCCCUAGUACAAGAUCUAUGCACCAUCUAUCUAUUUUUGUGCAUUAUGACAUAAACUACCUAUAUCUCAACAGACACUGUGCCUAUAUGAACCAGACAACAGUCCAACAACUUUAGUUCAGAUCCAAACUGUUGUAUAUUUAAAUCUAUUUAAAGAGAAAGAUAUUAAAACAUAAAAAAUAUAUAUAUAAAUGGAUUUGAUGAGUAAGUAAGUAGCAAAAUGGAAGAUAUAUUUAGUGUGUUCUGGUCUUAGAAGGUCUGGAGUGAGCAUUGUAAAUGAGCGUGGGUUUUAUAGGCAGUACACAGUCACACAAUGCAUAGACUUUGUGCUGAGGUCUUGUAUUUUCAUAGUCAUAUUUUAAAGCUGAACCUGUACUUUAUUAUAGCUCUGGCCCUUCACAGUGGGUCACAUAUACUCACAUGUUAUUGUCUAUGUUAAUGGACCUGCCUAAGUGUUUCCUUUCAUCUGUAAUGUGACACUUGUUUGUAUAAUUAUGAUCCUAGAUUCAGCAGAUAUAUUCCAAUACUCUACUGUAACACUGUGUUGUUGUUGUUGUCCUGUUUCAGUCGUCUUAAAUCUGUUCGGCCAUAGGCCCAGGCAGAUUUAGUAGCUCACGUGAAUACAGGGUUUAUUCUUAUUGUGCAAUUUAUUGUUUGUAUUUUUCCUUAAGCGAUCCCUAUUUAUGUUUGUUCUGACUCAGCAGCAAGCUAGUUUUAUAUUCUACACUGUUAACGACGACAAGGACACUCGAAAUGUGCAGUUUUUGCUUAGACUUUAAGUGCAGGUGUAUCAUGUGGAGGUGGUGUGCACAGCGGCCCUAUGGGGCUAACAAUACUGCAAACAUUUUCACAUCAUCACUAAAACCGACAGUCAUGCAAGUUCUGCUAUAUGUAGCAAUCAUUAGCCGGUGUUCAUCUUUGUAACAGUUCAGCCUUUUAGCUAAACAUUAUUGGAGCUCAGUUCUCAUCAGACUUACAUUCCUUUUUUCAUUACAACAUUCAAGUUUUCUUUACACAGAUUCCUAAAAAAAUGAGUUAUGUUUUAUAAUUUAAUUUACAGCCUUUUCAGUGAAUAAUUGCUAUAAGCUCGACAUAGCAACGGACUGCAUAUUUAGUGUUAUGUGGAAAUUUUAGUAUCGGCAUAUCGAACAUUGUUGACCUUAUUCGUCCCCGCCCACUUUAGCCCCUAAUGUGACUAAAAUCUGAUAUAAAGUAUUGUUGAUUUGUGUAAAACGUUCAAUUUUCAUGUGACCAACAAGUCAACACUGCACUGAUUCCCAUGCAAACUAAUACAACCUGAAUGGCUCCACACUACACAGACCAGCUCCACGCCACACAGACCAGCUCCACGCCACACAGACCAGCUCCACGCCACACAGACCAGGCUUGCAAUAGGUUUGUAUGUUCUUUAAAGAUUUAUAUUCUAAAUUGUUGAUUGAAUUAUUGAAGCACUGAAUGACAAAGAAGAAAAAAAACAUCUCCUCUGGCUCCAUAAAAAAAAAUCCUCAUCAGCCCCACCGACUACUCAGAUAUGAGGAAGAAAAUAUGUUGAACUUAGAAAAUUGAGCCCAAAUGAUGUGACAUUUUAUGGUUGUUGUUUUUUUUUCUUCUUUUGGCGCUCAGGGCUUCCUUACAUUUGUCUGGCCAGUACUGUGCUUUGAUACCAGAUAAGUAGACAAAGCAAGACAUCUACUCACAGGUCACUUUGGUCUCACACAUAUGUAGCAUUUUGAAUUUUGUUUGAGGAGUUACCACAAAUCCAAAACCAAACUCUUAUAAUUCCUUGUGAUGUCGAUAUAUGCUAGUGUCAUGUUGCUACAAUUAGCUUUAGUGGCUUUUGACACGUGGUCACUUAAAAUGUGAACGACUAAUAGGCUCUGUGUACAGCAGCGUGCUAGCUAGCUCACUGUGUCUCAGCAUUAAGUAAAAUAUAAAACAACAAAAACAAAUGUUAAGUAAAACUACCUGGUGUUUUUAUUUGUGAAAUACUUCAGUGUGUGGCAUUGUUUUAAUAUUUAUUGUGCUUUAUGAGUUGCAUUAGCAUAAAGACGCAUAGCCUCAUCUUUCUAAACUCAGUGAUGAAGUUUUCACCACCAAGUGAAAGUCCAAGUCCGUUAUCUUUAAAUAGUUGAAUUAAUUUUAGUGCGACUUGACAAAAGCCCCAUAGAGAUAUAAUAGGGCAGGAAGUAGUGACGCUAACGGUGAGCUAACAGUAAGCUAACAGUGAGCUAGCCGUUUGCCAUUGUGCACAGAGCCAGUUGUUUAAACAGUCCAAAUAAAGCAAAAUAAGUCUGUUAAAACUCAACUAUGGACUUUUCUUUAUUCUACAGUCAUCUGAAAUUAUAUUGAAUUGAAGUUUUAAUUGUAACCUAAUAUAUAAAAAGUAUGUUAGAGGAAAUAGUCCAGAAGGGCGACUGCUGUGUACUUAACCCCUUCAAGGAUGACUAUGUGUUUCUAUUGGGUCUCCCAUCCUCCAUCACUGCCUCUCCAUAUGACUAAUUCUGACUUGACCUUUGACCCCGCCAACAGAACGUGCCUUCUGAUUGCGAGCACCCGCCUGCACUUUGUUUACAUCAGUUCAUUUGGAGCUGGGCAGGGCCGCACCUGAGCGAUGACAGAUCACAGUGCAGUGCCACCUGGUGAUGACAAAUGAAAAGUAUAAGAGCAGGUUUUGGUUAGAUGAUAGGUGAAAUAAUGUUUGUUUUUGAGAUUUAAAUGGUUCCAGGAAGAUUGUGAAGAAGGAGUAGGCUGCCAUUGACUAAAUCUACACAGUCAUGGCCUUCAGAGCAGUUCCUUACAGCAAGAUUCUCAUAAAAUAUGAUUCAAAUUUGUAUUUUUUAGAAAAUUAGAAUUUCUGCUCUGAUGUUCAAUAGUUUAGGCAGAAGGAAUUGUAUGAAAAUAUUUUGGACCAAGUGGUAUAAUGCAUGUGGCAGAUGUUGGCCAUAAAUGAAAGUCAAAAUUGAAAACUACAGGAGCAAUUCUAAACCUGUUCUAGCUAGCUUGUAAAAGACGCUACCUGGUAACACCAGCUAAUGCUAAUCUGACAUGUGAGCGCUGAUGCUAGCUGGUGAGCAAACUGCAGUGCAUAAAGGUUGCCUCGCCUGUCCACCAGUACUUAAGAAGAAAUCUCUGCACUUUCUCUUUAAAGAUAAUUUUGUUGUUUAUGUUGUGUUUAUUUUUAUGUUCUCUUUAGGGGAUUAAGCUUUUUGUCGUCAGUAGUUACAUUUGCUGAUUCUGCCUCUAUCUGUGCAACAACUGUAAUGGCCAUAUUACUUGUAUGAAUUGGUAUCAUUGUUAUGAGUACAUGGAGAACUUUAUGUUUCUGCACUGAUAUCUCAUUAAAGCAUAAUGGUUUUAA